AUGGUCCUCAAUCUCUCACUCCAUAUCUGCUAUCCAUUCCUGCGUUUCUAUACUUGACGACCAGGUGUUCGACAAAAGAUUGCAAGGAUGAACGAGGUGAUUCUUCUCGAUUUCUGGGCCAGCAUGUUCGGAAUGAGAGUCAGAAUAGCCCUGGCCGAAAAGGGUAUCAAGUAUGAGUACAAAGAAGAGGAUCUGAGAAACAAGAGUCCUCUUCUUCUUCAGAUGAAUCCAAUUCACAAGAAAAUUCCAGUUCUCAUUCACAAUGGAAAACCCAUUUCUGAAUCUCUCAUAAUUGUUCAGUACGUUGAUGAGGUUUGGAAUGAAAAGGCUCCAUUGCUUCCUUCUGAUCCUUAUCAGAGAGCCCAAGCUAGGUUCUGGGCUGAUUUCAUUGACAAGAAGGUGUACGACGCAGCGGGGAAGGUUUGGACAGCGAAGGGAGAAGAGAAAGAGGCGGCGAAGAAGGAAUUCAUCGACAUCUUGAAGCUGUUGGAGACAGAGCUUGGAGAUAAGCCGUACUUCGGGGGAGACAGCUUUGGGUUUCUGGACAUUGCGCUUGUGGGAUUCUACCCCUGGUUCUACGCGCUUGAGACAUUCGGCAACUUCAGCGUUGAGGCAGAAUGCCCCAAGCUCAUAGAAUGGGCCAAGAGUUGCAAGGAGAAGGAGAGUGUCUCCAAGUCUCUUGCUGAUGAGAAGAAGCUCUAUGAAUUUGCUGCGGAAAAGAGGAAGACGAUGGGAAUCGAAUAGAGGAAGAAAAAGGGGAAGACAAUACUAGUGCUUGUGUAAGGUCUAUUAUUGAGGUUCAGUUGCAAUCUUUUUUUGUUUUUUUUGUUUUUUUGUUUUUUACUUUUGUUGCUUUGUUGUUUUAAGUUGGGACUUUACUGUCUUUUUAUGAAUGUCAUGUGAAUGGAGGUAUGUUUUAUGGUGCUAAGAAAUGAUAAUAAUAAAAAGGCUCUUCUUUGGCUAUUUGUAUAAA